CUUGUUGGUUAGUUUAGAAUGGGGAUGUGGCUGGCUGUCACUCAGACUAGCUCCCGCCUCCUCCCACCCCCUGUAAAGUAUAAAAGGCUCCCAGGUUUGCCUUUUACACUCAGAGCUUUGGUAGUAUUACAGCUACAUCCUUAUCUACCAUACAGAGAAGUGGAUGUUAUUUGGGAAAUACCUGUUUCUCUGGACCUUUCAUCAGUAUUUGUGAAGUCAGAAGUAGAGCUCUUUAAUUCCCAAUCAAGAAUAGAGCUUCUCAGGUCCAUGUCCAAAAUGAAGAGCGUUUUUCUUUGCUGUUUGCUGGCCACUCUCUUGCCUUGCGCUCUAAGUGCAACACUUCAGGUCAACUCUGAUGGAGGAGACAAGCUGAGUGUGUGGCUGCAGAGCAGGUUGAGGAGGGAGCUGUGUGUGCCUGACAGUUUAGAAGAUUCAGGAGAAUUUCAGCAGCAGAAUGAGGAUACAGACUCUGUCACGCACAGGCACAGUAGUCAGAGUGAGAGAGUGAAGCGGGGCUGUAAUCUGCUCACCUGUUCAGUGCACGAUUUGGCCCACCGCCUUAACCAGCUCCGUGAGAGGACGAACAACGCCCCCCCAGAUAAGAUCAGCCCACAUGGUUACGGCCGUAGGAGGAGGCGCUCACUGCCUCAGCUCUCUGCCGCAGAGACAGGCGGUCAGGGCCGUGUGAAGCUGAACAGGUUCCGACCCCAGAGACGUGGAUCACCUCAAAAAUGGACUUAAACACCGACCUGCGGUUUGUCCUGAGCCUUUUCUCUCAUGCCGGCUCAGUUUGCUGAAAUACUACUGACAGCUCCUUUGCUAAACUUUAGGGUGUCCUCUCCAGGCACAAAGGUGGGGGACAAACGCUACACCUGCAAGCAGCUGGAACUCCUUUCUCCAUCCUUUAUCAGAGAGACAGGACUGAGGAUAAGGACUCGGGUCACCUGGAAAGAAGGGGUGUUUGUGUAAAGUGGGUCAGGCAGUUCUGUCUCAUAAGAAAGGGGAGCAGGAGUUCGAGUCAGAUAAC